GUGAGACGGUGAGUGAAGUGAAGCCUUCUCUCUCUUCUCUCUCUCUACCUUGUUAUGAAAAUAAAUCAUCCGAUCUGACACAAGCACACGCUCUCUUCUCUUCCUUUCUUUUCUCUUUCUCCAUCUUAUUACUAAAAACACACCCCAAAACAAUGGCGGUUCAGUUUCUGUCUUCAUUAACGCAACUUAACUAUACUAACUGAAAAAAAAAAAACACUGUCACACAGACAGAAACAAACCGCUAAAUCAACACAACGACUGUACUAGAUUUUUUAUUAUUAUUAUUAUUAUUAUUAUUAUUACUGUUAUAGUCGUAACAAGACCACAGUCUUCGCCGCCGCUUCAACUACCCGAAUAAAAACCCGACCCGGUUCAUUUCUCUUACUUUUCAUUUUUUUUUAUAAAGGAGGUUUUGAGAACACUGUUUUCUUGUCCCCUCUCUUCAAAAAGAUAACUAGUGUGAACUGUGAACUGCUUACGUUUCUAUACUUGGUCGUUUUCUGUUACAACGUUAGUGUUCUUGCUUCUGCUCAUUCUCGUCUUCAUUUGAUACUGUUUCUUUUCUUGAGAUCCGGUGUUUCUUGGGAUUUGUUGCUUCUUUGUUUGAGAUCUGCUUGAUUUUUUCGACUUUGUUGCUGAAUUUGGAAGGGAUUGGGGUUGUAUCAUGGUUGAAGAUAGUAUAAGGAGCGAAUGAAGGGUAGGAGGGAAACGGUGGUGUUUUAUAGUCAGACUGAUUUUGGUUGAAGAUUGAAAUGGGUGGGAAUCUUUGUUGAUUGUUGAGGCAAUUAUAGUUGACACAGUGGUGUUUGUGUUUUGGUUGGUGAUAAGGAUAAGAAGAAUGGUGUUGUGGAGUAGGGAAGAGGAGAACAAGAGGAUUUGUUUUUGGUUUGGGGUUCAUCUUGUGGGAAUUUGUGGAAUUGAAAAUCAUUGAUUUUGGGUUUGGUUUGGUUUUAGCUUUUAAUAAGGUUUGAAAUUUACUGAAAAUGAAGCUUUCUUCAGCUGGUUUUAGUCCUCCACCUCAGGAAGGAGAAAAAAGGGUUCUAGAUUCAGAACUUUGGCAUGCUUGUGCUGGUCCUCUUGUUUCUUUGCCAGCUGAUGGAAGCCGCGUCGUCUACUUUCCACAAGGUCAUAGUGAACAGGUUGCUGUAUCUACCAACAGGGAAGUUGAUACAUAUAUUCCCAAUCCAAGCUUACCUCCCCAGCUUAUUUGUCAACUUCAUAAUUUGACUAUGCAUGCAGAUACAGAGACGGAUGAAGUGUAUGCGCAGAUGACCUUGCAACCUCUAAAUCCUGACGAGCAAAAGGAGGCAUAUCAUCCUGCAGAGUUGGGAACUGCAAAUAAACAGCCAACAAACUACUUUUGCAAAAUUUUGACUGCCAGUGAUACAAGCACUCAUGGGGGUUUCUCUGUUCCUCGCCGCGCAGCUGAAAAAGUUUUCCCUCCACUGGACUUUUCUCAACAGCCUCCUGCUCAAGAGUUGAUUGCAAGGGAUUUGCAUGGUAAUGACUGGAAAUUCAAACAUAUCUUCCGCGGCCAGCCCAAAAGGCAUUUGCUUACAACUGGGUGGAGUGUCUUCGUGAGUGCUAAAAGACUUGUUGCUGGUGAUUCAGUGCUGUUUAUAUGGAAUGAAAAAAAUCAGUUGCUUCUAGGCAUUCGGCGUGCCAAUCGACCACAACAUAUGAUGCCUUCAUCUGUAUUGUCAAGUGACAGCAUGCACUUGGGGCUGCUUGCUGCUGCAGCUCACGCCGCUGCAACGAACAGUCGUUUCACCAUUUUCUAUAACCCACGUGCUAGCCCAUCAGAAUUUGUCAUUCCCCUAGCAAAGUAUGUUAAAGCUGUAUAUCACACUCGAGUUUCAGUUGGUAUGCGCUUCAGAAUGCUUUUUGAAACAGAAGAAUCUAGUGUUCGGCGAUACAUGGGAACAAUAACUGGCAUCAGUGACCUGGAUUCUGUCCGGUGGCCUAAUUCACAUUGGCGCUCAGUAAAGGUUGGGUGGGAUGAAUCAACAGCAGGUGAGAGGCAACCUAGAGUGUCUCUAUGGGAAAUUGAGCCAUUAACAACAUUUCCAAUGUAUCCAUCUCCAUUCCCCCUUAGGCUUAAAAGACCAUGGCCUCCUGGACUUCCUUCAUUCAAUGGCUUGAAGGAUGAUGAUUUUGGCAUGAAUUCUCCACUAUUAUGGCUUCGAGAUGCAGAUAGAGGGCUUCAAACUCUUAAUUUUCAAGGGAUGGGUGUUAAUCCUUGGAUGCAGGCGAGGCUCGAUCCAUCUAUGAUGAAUUUGCAACCAGAUAUGUACCAUGCUAUGGCAGCUGCUGCACUUCAGGAUAUGAGGACUUUAGAUCCUUCUAAACAGCAUCCUGCUUCAUUACUUCAAUUUCAGCAGCCACAGAAUUUUCCCAAUGGUACUGCCGCGUUAAUGCAGAGCCAGAUGAUGCAGCAAUCUCAACCUCAGCACGCUUUUCCAAAAAGUCAAGAACAUCAGCAUCCAUCUCAAUCUCAGGCUCAAACCCAACAGUUCCAGCAGCUUCUUCAGCAUCAGCAUUCAUUCACUAAUCAAAAUUAUCAUCAUCUGCAACAGCAACAGCAGCAGCAGCAACAUCAGCAACAGCAUCAGCAGCAGCAACAUCACCAACAGCAGCAGCAACAUCAACAGCAGCAGCAGCAACAACAGCAUCAACAGCAGCAACAACAUCAACUUCAGCAGCAACAACAACAAUCAAAACAGCAACAAGUUGUAGAUCAUCAGCAGAUUCCAAAUGCUGUCUCUACGAUGUCUCAGUUUGUUUCGGCACCUCAAUCUCAAUCAACGCAGCCCAUGCAAGCUAUCUCUUCAAUUGGCAAUCAGCAACAUUUUUCUGAUUCAAAUGGCAACCCUACAACUACUGCUAUUGUUUCUCCUUUGCACAAUAUGUUAGGUUCAUUUUCCAAUGACGAAACAUCUCACCUUCUAAACUUUCCUAAACCAAACUCUUGGGUUCCGGUUCAAUCUUCGACAGCAUGGCCCUCCAAGCGCGUUGCCUUGGAUCCUCUCGUUUCUUCUGGAACAUCUCAUUAUGUUCUGCCUCAAAUGGAGCAGCUUGGGCAGUCGCAAACUACCAUGUCUCAAAAUGCUAUUACCUUGCCACCAUUUCCUGGUAGGGAGUGUGCUAUCGAAGGGAACACUGAUCCACAAAACCAUCUUUUGUUCGGUUUUAACAUAGAGCCCUCAUCACAUCUAGUGUAUAACGAGAUGUCAAACCUUAAGGGGGGUGUCAAUAGCAACUGUGACUCAUCAACUGUGCCUUUUCAAUCUUCUGCCUACCUGAAUAACACAGGCGCUGAUUCUUCAUUGAAUAAUGGAAUGGCACAUGGUGUUGGCGAGUCGGGAUUCCUACAAACUUCUGAAAAUGGAGGUCAAGGAAACUCACCAAACAAAACCUUUGUGAAGGUUUACAAGUCAGGGUCCUUCGGUAGAUCGUUGGAUAUCACAAAAUUCUCUAACUACCCCGAGCUACGCAGCGAGCUUGCUCGUAUGUUUGGGCUUGAAGGUGAGUUGGAGGACCCUGUAAGAUCAGGCUGGCAGCUUGUAUUUGUUGAUCAAGAGAAUGACGUUCUUCUCCUCGGUGAUGGCCCGUGGCCGGAAUUUGUAAAUAGUGUAUGGUGCAUCAAGAUACUUUCCCCUCAAGAAGUGCAGCACAUGGGAAACAAUGGACUAGAGCUUCUAAACUCAGCUCCAACUCAGAGGCUCUCUAAUGGCAUCUGUGAUGACUACACCGGCCGCGAGGACCCUAGAACUUUAAGCACCGGAUUAACAUCCGUGGGGUCUUUAGACUACUGAACGUCGUCGUGACAACAAAUACUGUGAAUUUCUUCUCUCUUGUAUUACUAUUACUCUUCUCAAACCCUCUAAAAAAUGGUGGGAAGUUGUUCCUAGUUGUAGCUUAUAGCUUACUUUCCGUUUUUAUCGCCUAAAACAAUUCAUGAGCUAAACACUUAGCUAUAUGGCAACUUCUCAUUGUAGUUUCUAUAAUAUAUUGUAGAAUUCAACUUAAGUUACUCUAAGUGAGUCCCAUUAUUAAA